AUGUCGCUGCGAUUAUUACCCCGACUUGCAGGUCGUAAGUACACCCGAACGGACAGGUUCAUGGUCAUUAGGACCGUGUUGCACUUCGUGGUCGUAUAUGAGGCAGUCGAGCUGAUUCCGAGCUGGGCUGGUGUUUCCGAUGGGCGCAGGACUGGCGUCGAGAACAGUCGCGAGCACCAGUGCCCGCCAGCUGUCGACGUCGGCCGUUCGCCAGCGUGUCGUUGCGACCUCUCCCGUCAAGGCCAAAGAGGUUCCCGUGAGUCUUCAAUUCUGGAAUACCCUGUGCGGAGCUGCGCGUGGGCGUUGUCGUCGUCGUCGUCGUCGUCGUCGUGGUGACCGGUCGAUGUCCCCGUGUAGGCCGCGGUUACUGGGCCGACUCGGGCCCACCCCGAUUUGGCGCGAUGCUCAUUGGCCGGCGAUCGAAACCGGACGUCCCCCGCCCAGCUCCUCUCCCGGGGCCCAGGGCAUUUGUAGAUCGCAGCUGACUGACGCUCCAUUCCGCCUUGCAACAGACGACCAUCUCGGGCAAAUAUCCUUUAAUCGAACAUGAGGUCAGUCUGAGACUCUCUGUCGCCCCUGCAGGUCGUAGCAAACGCGGGGUUUGUCGGUUACACCCGCUUUCCCCCUCUGCCGCGGCCUCUCGUCUUGCAUGGCGCAGCGGGCUACGUACGUCCAUCAUCCCGAGCGAUUACUGACGUGUAAUAUUUCAACACUGUCGUCGCCUUUGCCGAUUCUCAGUACGAUGCCGUCGUGGUGUGAGUUGGCGCGGUUCAUCUCUCCUCUUGACGCAUCCGAGGCUGAUCUUGCCGUGUCUCGUCGGUGAAACAGCGGAGCGGGUGGUGCCGGUCUUCGAGCAGCUUUCGGUCUUGCCGAGGCCGGAUUGAAGGUCGCCUGCGUUACCAAGCUUUUCCCGACCCGAUCCCACACCGUCGCCGCGCAAGGUGGCAUCAACGCCGCGCUCGGCAACAUGACCGAAGACGACUGGAGAUGGCACGCGUACGACACCGUCAAGGGGGGCGACUGGCUCGCCGACCAGGACGCCGUCCACUACAUGUGCCGAGAGGCGCCGAACUCGGUCCUCGAGCUCGAGAACUACGGUCUUCCCUUCUCCCGCACCAAGGAGGGCAAAAUUUACCAACGCGCGUUCGGUGGUCAAUCGCUCAAGUUCGGCAAGGGUGGACAGGCGUACCGAUGCGCUGCCGCCGCUGACCGAACCGGUCACGCCAUGUUGCACACCCUCUACGGCCAAUCUCUUCGCCACAAUACCGAAUACUUCAUCGAGUACUUUGCCACUGGUGAGCCCGGGGAUCCUCGCCGAGAUCAAGUGAUCGCGCAAGGUGCCGAUUGACUGACUGGGGUGUGAUAUUGGCUGCACAGAUCUGAUCAUGGAGGACGGCGAAUGCGUCGGUGUCAUGGCCUACAACCAGGAAGAUGGUACGAUGCACCGAUUCCGAGCGCACAAGACCGUUCUGGCCACCGGUGGUUACGGGCGUGCCUACUUCUCUUGCACCUCGGCCCACACCUGCUCCGGUGACGGUGCCGGUAUGGUCGCGCGUGCGGGCUUGCCUCUGCAGGAUCUCGAGUUUGUGCAGUUCCACCCCACAGGUAUCUACGGUGCAGGUUGCUUGAUCACGGAGGGCUCGCGAGGUGAAGGUGGAUACCUGCUCAACUCGGAGGGUGAACGAUUCAUGGAGCGAUACGCGCCGACGGCGAAGGAUUUGGCCUCGCGUGACGUCGUCUCGCGUUCGAUGACGAUCGAGAUCCGCGAAGGUCGCGGUGUCGGUCCCGAAAAGGACCACUGCUACCUCCAACUCUCCCACUUGCCGCCAGAGGUCUUGCACGAACGAUUGCCCGGUAUCUCGGAAACGGCCGCCAUCUUUGCCGGUGUCGACGUCACCAAGGAGCCGAUUCCCGUCUUGCCGACCGUCCAUUACAACAUGGGUGGUAUCCCGACCAAGUACACCGGUGAGGUCUUGACCGUUGACGAGAACGGCAAGGACAAGGUCGUGCCUGGUCUCUACGCCGCCGGCGAGGCCGCCUGCGUUUCCGUCCACGGCGCGAACCGUCUCGGGGCCAACUCGCUCCUCGACAUCGUCGUCUUCGGUCGCGCUGUCGCCCACCACAUCUCGGAGACGCUCAAGCCCGGGCAGCCGCACAAGCAGAUCUCUGCCGACGCCGGCCUCGACUCGAUCGCGGCUUUGGACCAGAUCCGCACCGCCGACGGCCCCAAGUCGACGGCCGAGAUCCGAUUGGACAUGCAAAAGGCGAUGCAGAACGAUGCGGCCGUGUUCCGCACACAGGACUCGCUCGAGCACGGUGUCAAGGAGUUGAGCCGCGUCUUGGGCACGUGGAAGGACGUCGGCAUCAAGGAUCGAUCCAUGAUCUGGAACACGGACUUGGUAGAGACGCUUGAGUUGAGGAACUUGUUGACAUGCGCUGACCAGACCAUCGUAUCGUGAGUCGUGUCGUAACUUCAUAUUGGUUGUCCUUCCACUUACAGAGACUGACUGUGGGUUCAUUUGAUUUCACGCACAGUGCCGAGGCGAGGAAGGAGUCGCGAGGUGCGCACGCCCGGGAGGACUUCCCCGACCGUGACGACAAGGACUGGAUGAAGCACACGCUCUCGUUCCAAAAGGACGUCAACACGGACAAGGUCAAGCUCUCGUACCGUAACGUGGUCUCGCACACCUUGGACGAGAACGAGAUGAAGGCAAUCCCUCCCUUCAAGCGCACGUACUAG